AUAAGGACAAAGCCAACAGGUCAUCUAGUGGUUCGAGGUUCCAUGGUUUAGCCACGGAUGGGAUGGAUGACCAGCAGAGUGACCAUACUCUAGAAGAGCCACAAUCUUCACAAGGUGGAAAUAGUGGGUUUGCACAAACUCGAAGAGCUUACCAUGGGUAGUCUCGGCACGAUGUGAAGCAAAAGAUAUCGAGCCAUGUACCUGCCCCAACUUAGUCACGUGAUUUAGAAGACCCCAUGCAAUCAGCUACCAUGCCAACCGCUAAUAAAGAGGUGAAUGUGAAUGUAUUAGGGUUAAGCCAUGCACCCCUCAUAACUGAGAGUCAGACCCUAAGUGUCGCUACAAAGCUAAGUGAGAAAGGAGGAUCGGUAGUGGACUUGACGAAGGCGAGCGUACCAAAUUUGGUGGAUAGGCAAGGUUCUAUCCUACCUUAUCUCCUUACAAGACCGCCCAAUGUGUCAAGUUCCCCUGAGAUUCAUAAGUCGUCUUCUUCAGAGAUCAUACCGGCUUAGACACCACGUGAAACCACCAAAGUGAUGCUAGGGACCAUGCAGACGUGAUUUUUGCGUAAGCUAGGACCUUUACUCCAUCAUUUAUAGAUGAUGAUGAACAUCUUCUCAUGGAACUGUAGGGGUGCGGGAAAGAAACAUUUCCUCAGAAUUUUCAAAGAGUACAAAAGGAGAUAUCGAUCGUGUAUGGCUAUUAUAGUUGAGUCGAGAAUAAUUGGGGACAAAGCUAAAGAGGUCCUUCAGAAGAUGGGGUACGACAAAAUGGCUCGUCGUUGAUGCGGUGGGCUUUGCGAGGGAAAUCUGGCUUACGUGGGAUUCCUCCCUAGUCUCGGUUAUAGAGGGAGACAAUUUGCAAGAAGCAGCGGAAAAUUUGCGAUAGUGGCUCUAGGGUUUAGAGGGUUUGAGUGCCAACUAUAAAUAAUAUAAUAGGGGAUAUAUUGAAUAAAAGUGAAUAAAUAUAUCCCGUGGAAGUCUCUGGAAGGUUGAGUGUAGGGAUGACAAUCAAACCCAUGGUCGCGGGUACUCGACCGCCCCCGACCUAGUAAACGUGGAAAAUCCCCGCUUUGACCGGGUAUGGGUAAAACCCGCAAAAAUUUUUAUGGUUAUGGGGAGGGUAUGGUUUUAGCCUCCCUCGCACCAUACUCAUACCCGCACCACGAAGAGAAUUUCUUCACAUAUAAAUAAAUAUGUGGAUCAAAUUAUAAUCUAUCAAUGUUGCUGAGGAUAACUCGAGAAAAUAAAUAGUAGAAAUGCAAUUGAGUGGUCACUCUAAUCAAAACCUAAUUCAUUUCCCUCAAUUUUCCCUUCACUCUUUCACUUUCCCCCUUGCUAACAAGAUUAUGUUGGUUAAUUAUUACAUAGUAGAUGUAUUAGAGUUAGAGCAUAAUAAUUUGGAAAAUAUUGUACUCUAUAUUAUGUAUUAAUGAAUGUUUUAGUAUCAUAUUUUUUUAACCGUAUUAAGAAAAUGACAGUGUUUUGUUGACUUCAUGAUAUAAUAGAUUCAUUUAAUGUAAUAUGGGGACGACGAUUACCCAUGGGUAUCCAAAAUCCCAGAGUAUGGGGAUGGGUUUGCAAAACAUUUUCCGCAUGGAGAUGGGGCGGGUAUGGGUUUGAGUAUUUGAAAAUGGGGAUGGGAUAGUUUAGACAAACACGCCCAUUGCCAUCCCUAAUUGAGUGCCACUCCAAACCGAGUAGCUUACUAAGAUUUACAAAAUCAUUAUUUUUAAUUUUUAGAGUGAAUGAUAAUUUGUUUUAUUUGGAAGGUGUGAAAUGUAAUUAUAUGUGGUCCAUUUAUAAUAUUUUUAUUUAUAAGAAAAAGGUUGGAUAACGAUUUUAUUAACGAUUUGUACCAGUUAAACCAAUAAAGUGUGAACCGUUCAUCAUCUCGGUUCAUACUCCGGUUCGGUUCCGGCAACAUUGCAUAUUACUGCAAUAUUGGUUUUUGACAGGAAGUUGUUCGUUUGAUGCUGGCGAAUUAGGGGAAGAAGUGGUGGAUGGUGCUUGAAAUCGAUCUAGCAAAGGCCUAUCACCGCAUCAAAUGGAGCUUCGUGCGAGACACCAUGGAAGCGCCGAGCGCCCCCACGAAGUUCAUCGAUGUUACAAUGGGUAUGCAGAUCCAGUGGAACAGGGGACUUACCGAGGAGUUUUCUCCGGCCAGAGGGCUCAGGCAGGCUGCCCGCUCUCCCCUUACUUGUUCACUCUUUGUAUGGAGAGACUGGGGCACCUCAUUAGUGCACUGUCGAGGAUCACUGUCGAGGAGGGCAAAUGGAAGCCGAUUUCAUUGUCACAAAGAGGACCACCGCUGUUCUACCUUUUCUUUGCCGACGAUCUCGUUUUGUUUGGUGUAGCCUCUCUCGAACAGGUGCAGAUUAUCUCGCAGUGCCUAGAAGUUUUUGGGAUGGCUUCUAGUUAGCAAGUGAGCAGACCAAAAUCGGGAAAAAAUGCAAAACUACCACUAUAAACAAACCGCUCCACCGAAGUGCGUUUUGAAUCUUGGGGAACGCAAACCGCGCGCUGAAGGUGCGAUUUUAGGUGGGGUAAAAGGACGAAACCGCCCCUCGAGCACGCGGUUUCGUCCCUAUAUAAACCCCCUUCUCCCUCCCAUUUUCACCACACCAAACCUCAUUCCCCCCUCUCUCUCUCUAACCCCUCACUCUACCCACCCCCCUCCCCACCCAAAAAUCUUAGAAUUAGUUGUUUUGUUGGUUGCGGCAUAGUCCGAUCUGCCUUAAAAAAAUUUCUUUGGUUUUCACUAAAAAACCAUCGAAUCUCUGUCCGGAUUCUGAAACAAUGGCCGAUUUUAUCCAAGAAGAGGGUAUUUACUACGAUGAUUAUCAAGCGGUACUUACUCAUUUUACCCAAUUGUUGUUGUUGUUAUAAUGAUUUAUUUAAUUUAUAUACUAAUUGAUUUAUGUUGUUGUUAUGCUAUCGUAGGUUGGGCCGGAUGUUGAUAUUUACACUCAACGAUAUUAUGUUGAUCAAGGACCGAUUGAUCCGGCUAUUUUAUAUGAUCAAGCCAAUCAUCGUUCAAGAGACGUUUGGAAUGACCACAAGGUACAUAUUAUUUAUCAUCACUUGUAAUUUGUAUUUUGUUAAAGUAAUUUAUUUGUUUGUACAAUAAUUUACUUAAUUGUUAAUCGUAUUGAUUAUUUUGAAUAAUUUAAAUACAACACUUAUUUAGAC